UUAAGAAGGUUGUUCGGUAGCUCAGUUGUAUCGCUGGAUUCGUUCGACACAUUCCUGCUCCCGUCAUGACUCAAGAACUGUACAGCCGCUUCCCUAAAGAUGACGAUCUGUUGAAGGAGUUCCGGAACAGAGCUCUGACGGAAUUGAGAAAGACCCCCGAUCUAUUCUACAAGUACGAUGUUUGCAAAUUCGAAAGAGACGAUUUGUACGCUCACAGGUUUUUGGGUCAUCAAUUUUUUUUGAAGGAGGACAAGAAAACUCUACUUGAUAGAUCAGUCAAGAUGGUAAUAAAGAGCUUCAAAUGGAGAAAACAAUUCGGAGUACAAAAUAUCAAGCAUCAAGAUCUUCCCGAUGAAUAUUUUGAUAGAAAGAGUUGUAUCCGUCUGAAGGAAGACAAAUUGGGUCGACAAGUGGUGGUCAUCAAAGUCAACACCCUGAGGAAGACUAAAUCUGGAGAAAGGCCAAUAGGAGAGAAAUUUCUGAUAUACUGGAUAGAAAAUAUCUUCCAGACAAAUGAAAAUGGUAUCACAGUCAUCAUCGAUUGUUCCGACGCUACACUUAACAAUGUGAACAUGGAUUUAGUCGACUUUGCUAGAGCCAUACUCAAAAAAUACUACCCGGCAUACCUAGGUUAUUUUCUGGUGUUUAAAUUCCCCAAAAUCUUCGAGGUAUCUUUGCUCACUUCCUCUUCGAUAUGA